CUUUACAUUUAUUUGCUCCGAGGCAGCAGCCUUCCAAGCGUGAUGUCCACAGUGCCCGGUUUAGCCUUCAUGAGUCAAGAGAUGACGCUGGAGCGUGUCGGGGAACCUGAAGACCAAGAGACAGGAAAAUCGGACUCGAUUGCUGAGACAAUUCCAAUCAUCCAGAGCUUAGCCACAGCUUUCGAAUUCCGUUCUUCUCAGGAUCUUCAGUUUAUUGCACGCGUGAGGGACCGCGUCAGCAAGAUGUCAGCGCAAAGGAAGCAACAAACCGACCGAUUCGACGAGGAGCAUCGAUACCGGGUUCAGCAGCUGAAGAAACUUAAACUUGACGCUGAACGCCCUGCUGGAGUGCUCAGUGCCCCCGAACACGCACAGAAGAUCGAACGUCUCCAAAGGGAGAAGUUUGACCUCACGAAGGAAAUCGGCGAUAUUGAACGAGACACGGACUAUGCUUCUGGAGAGCUUGGUAGGCUACGCGACGAACAUGCGAAGCUCCAAGCGCGAGACGUCCCUGGCGAAUCGGCUGUCGAUGCCGCUGCGAUACAGCUAAACAUAAUGACGAAAUUAGGAGUCGAUUUGGUGUCAUCGGGGAAGGUUCUUCUUCACUCACCUACUGAAGCUUAUGUUGUUGACCUCAAUGAUGGAAGCUCCCCAUUCGACAAGACGAAUCAGAUCUGGGAUCUCAUUUCUGACAUUCCCCGUACUCCUGAGCGGUAACUGUAGAGUUAUGACCGUGCCAUCAUCAUCACCCAAUGCUUGGUGCCUGUGUCUUCUUAUUUCCUUGGAAUGUUGUAUUUAAUGUAAUAUCAAAUCUUCUCGAUCACCCACAACUCAUCGCCCAAGUAUGCCAUGAUAUCAACCCCAACUCCCUUGUUUACUUUCUUCAUCUCUUCAGUGCCAAGUUUCGUGAUACC